CUCACCUGUGGCCACCUUGACUACAACUCCACCUAGAAUCUGGUGUCUUUUUUCCCCACCCCUUGUGAACAACAGUGCAUUAGCUCACGGCUUCACACCCUCUGAAGACCAAGCUCCAAGCAGGCCAAUCUUGGGAUCAUGAUGGCACAUGCAGCUGUAAGUGUGCAACCAGCCAUGGUGGUGACAACUGAGAAUGUGAAAAUAAACCAGUGGAGCAGUGGAGUGUGUGACUGUUGCGAAGACAUGAGCAUCUGUUGCUGUGGUUUCUGGUGCCCUUAUUGCCUAAUGUGUAAGACCAGUGAGGAUUUUGGAGAGUGUCUCUGUCUCCCCCUCCUGGAGAUGUGCUUUGGGGGCAUCUUGCCUCCUGUUACUCUCUCCAUGAGGAGCACUAUGAGAGAAAGGUACCGCAUUAGGGGUUCUAUCCAAAAUGAUUGCUGCGUGGCCACCUGUUGCACUGUGUGCGUAUGGUGUCAAAUGGCGAGAGAGCUAAAGGCUCGAAAGCACUCCCUAGUGGUCAUCAACCCUGCUAUUAAUGCAGCAUACCAACCGCCACAAGCUUUCAACCAGCCAAUACAAGCUGUCAAUAUGGGCUACCAGUCUCAUCACCCCAGUUCUCCCUAUUAAUCACAUGCACAGAUGCACACAUCUGCAUUUAAACUCAGGAAUGAGCAAACCUACCUUCAUUUACAUAAUCUGUUGAAUAAUGCUCAAGAAAUCUUUAAAUGUACACUUCUCUAUGUAUUCACACCAUUACUUUUGACUGAACGACACUAUUUAAUAACACAUUUUUUAGCACUUUCCUCUAUCGACUGAUUGCCAAAAUGUUCUUUAUAUAGUUCUUAAUUUAUAUAUUCAAAUGAAAUUAUAUGUAUGAUUGGGUAAAUACUUUCUAUUUUAUUGAAUAAAUAUUUCCUCAAAGCAACGUUGUCUCACAUUUUUCAAUGUGAUACAAUUUAUUCAAACGUUUGUUCCGGUUCACUAAUUUGAUUGGACAAGUGGCAUUCCAAGAGUGCUGAAAUAUUUCAUAAAACAACAUUGGAGCGUUUCCCCAUUUGUC